AUGAAACGAUCCUGUAUCAGUCCUCGUGGGAAAGCCCCGACUACCGCUGAUGAGUUGGCUACCUACAACGAGCGAGAAGACAGGUACCAGCGUGAGUUUGCCGAGCACGUCGAAGCGGCCUCGUUGGCAAACAGCGCGAAGGUGAAGGACUCCAAGACGGACUUAGCAAAGAUCGGAUCCAAGUUCGCAAAGCUAUCGGUGCUUUGCACGCACAUCGGCUUCUCCGGGCUCGACAAGAUGUCGACGACGGCCAUCCGUGCGCAGCGGCGCAAGGUUCUCCCUCUUCUCACCGCGAGGAUGAAGACAGCUGGAGCCUUGAACCCAGAAGAUAUAGAUCGCCCGCUGGAUAGCGACGAAGAAGGCUCGCCCAGGAUAAAGUACUUGCUUUGGGAAAUCCAGCGGGUGAUCUUGGGUAACACCAAGGUCGCCAGCCACCGGAAGAUCUUCGCAACCUUCCAAUUCCCCAGAUCUGCUGAGAUGUUCCUGAAGCUUGUGGAGUUCCUUGGAAUUCGUGCGGUCCUCCUGGACACCAACAUGCCUCCGGACGAGCGUCACAAGAAUAUCCGGGCCUUCGACGAAGAGGACAUGCCGCAAAUCCUCAUAACAACGUAUGCUCUCAACAUCGCUGACCAUGACGCUCAACAUCGUUGUGCUACCGUCGUGCAUGUUGAGCCGGCGUUCAAUUGGGCUACAGAGCAUCGGGCGGCCUCACGAGUCUAUCGUUUUGGACAAGAAGAAGAGGUCGAAAUUGUGCGCUUGUUUACCGAAGAAACUUACCAGGAGCUGCAUGAGGCGGGCAUGAUCAAGAAAGCCAACUCCAUGUUUGCCGCUUUUGGUGAGCUGCAAUCUGCAAGUGAGGGCCUCGAGGACCGGGAGAAGAUGACGACAGAGGAGAUCGCGAAAGGUGCAUUCGGCAUAGUCCGGGAUCGUGUGCGAGGCCGCGACGACAAAGACGUGCAGUCAGCCAAGGAGGAUGCUAUCACAAAGGCCAAAGGCAAGGGUAAGGGCAAGGGCAAGGGCAGAUCGGUAAAGCAGGUCGGCUCCGAUCGUACGACUGUUGAUCGAGGGCAUCUACCAAAGGCGCCACGAAGCCGGUGUGGUCAGCUCCAAUCCACCAGUGACAGACAUGCCUUUGGAGAGGAGAUAGCUCUCGGAGAACUUACAAGUGACACGCAUGAGCCAGCUGGAAGGCUACGUUGCAGCAUGAAUAGCGAUGUUUCAGGCCAAUACGUGCACUAG